AUGGAGAGAGAGGGAGCGCCAGACACAAGUCCACCGACGCUCUCUGGAUUUUCUCUCUCUGCCUGGGCUCCCAGCAUACACCUUCGAUCUUUGCUGGAAGGACAGAGGUGUGGCAUAUGGUGUAUAGAGGUAAGGAUGGAGGUGUGGCAUAUGGUGUAUAGAGAGGUAAGGAUGGAGGUGUGGCAUAUGGUGUAUAGAGAGGUAAGGAUGGAGGUGUGGCAUAUGGUGUAUAGAGAGGUAAGGAUGGAGGUGUGGCAUAUGGUGUAUAGAGAGGUAAGGAUGGAGGUGUGGCAUAUGGUGUAUAGAGAGGUAAGGAUGGAGGUGUGGCAUAUGGUGUAUAGAGAGGUAAGGAUGGAGGUGUGGCAUAUGGUGUAUAGAGAGGUAAGGAUGGAGGUGUGGCAUAUGGUGUAUAGAGAGGUAAGGAUGGAGGUGUGGCAUAUGGUGUAUAGAGAGGUAAGGAUGGAGGUGUGGCAUAUGGUGUAUAGAGAGGUAAGGAUGGAGGUGUGGCAUAUGGUGUAUAGAGAGGUAAGGAUGGAGGUGUGGCAUAUGGUGUAUAGAGUCCCAGCAAGAGGCCCUAAGGAUUUCGGCUGGGAUCCUGUGUUUCAACCUGAUGGCUUUGAUCAGACUUAUGCAGAAAUGCCGAAGGAGACCAAGAACCAAAUAUCUCACAGACGACGGGCACUCGACCUAGUAAAGAAGCACUUUCAAGAAGAGAAAUUUGUGUUUGAGGAUGUGGACGACGAGCAAUCACAAAAAAAGGCACGGAUUGAUUCGUAG